AUGGCUUUUCCUUCGAUAGCGAUUCUGUCCCUGGCUUUACUGGUUCUUUAUGUUUUCAAAAGAGCGCUACUAGGUAGGAGGCUGCGCGGUCCUCUUCCACCAGGCCCUCAGCGCAAACCAAUCUUGGGCAGCAUUAUGGAUUUGCCCCCCAAAGGCGAGCGGGAAUGGGUGUAUUGGAUGAAGCAUAAAGAGGUCUACGUUAGUUCCCUGGAAGUACUGGGGCAAACAAUCGUUAUUGUCAAUGCUCUGGAACCGGCAGUGGAUCUAUUAAAUAAACGCUCAGCGAUUCACUCGUCAAGACCAAGAAUAGUCUUUGCGUCGGAGAUGGUGGGGUGGGAGGACGGCAUAAUUUUCCAAGGCCAUACUGAGAGAUUUCGUGCCUAUCGUAAAGCUUUCCAGCUAUCGAUCAAAUCUGAAGAAAGAAGUACACCGCUUCUUGCUGCGAGUUCUUCGGAGCUAAAUAAUUUCCUCCGGCACAUAAAAACAAAAGCAGGAGCUAUUAUCCUGAAUAUCGCUUAUAGCUACAACGUUGAGCUAUUUGGUCGUGACCAUCUAGAGUAUAUUACUAACAAGGCGCUCGAUAACUUCGUCAAAGCCGCAGCCCCUGGAGCUUGGAUAGUAGACCUUAUCCCCAAGACUUUUAAGCCUGAUACAGAUAGUGAAACAUAUCCUGGUAUAGCUCCUAGGGGCAGGCUUCUAGCGCACAGCAAAGGGAUAGAGGGACCAAAGGACAGGGAGUUCCUAAGCCGGGAUCGGAACGAGAACUCAUCGCAAAAUAGAAUACUGUGUUACUCUACACUGGGGGUGCUGAUACGGUCAGUGCGAAAAAAAAAAACAUACCUUCUACCCUCCCUUCGUCAGACGCUGAUAGACUUAGACUGUCUUAUCUGUUAUAUCCAGCACAGAGCACAGGAUGCAAUUGAACGAGGUUUAGGGUAUAGACAGCUACCAAAAUGGCGGAUCGCUCUUGUCUUCCUUACAUCAAUGCUGUAG